AUGGAGUGGACCAAGAAAACAUACAACGACCAAUACGAGAAGUGGGUGCCUUGGCUAGAGGAUACCUACUUGCGAUGGUUCACCAAAGACAACAAGGCUAGCUACGCCACCAAAGACACACUCGGCAAGUCGAAAGUAACGGGCGUCAAGCAAGUCGACACCCUCCAAGACGGCGUGCACAACCUCGUCGCGGGCCAGGCCGGACAAGGCGGCCUGCUACAACCAGCCGGCGACCUCGCCUCGAAGGAGGGAAUCAACCGAGCGGAGCGUCAGGGAAAGGACGACCAGGGCGGCUACGCGCCUUCGCAGUUGCCAGGCUCCAAGGUGGCGAACGACACAGCCAGCGCUUUUGUGGAGGGUGGAAAGGGCGUCGGUGCAAAGUCGACAGAUGGCAUCAAGGGAGCUGGCAACUACGUCGGCGGGAUGCUUGGGAGAGGAAAUAAGAAUACUUAA